AUGAAGAAACUAAAUCAGAUCCUCUUCUCUUUCCUCUUCGUCGCCUUACUCGCUCCAGUCUUAGCUGUGCCACAAGCAGACACUUUUCAUCUCACCAACCCAAAGAUAAUCCCAUCUUUCAGAAACAGUAUCUCAGCAUUGAGCUUUGAUAUUCUUGCUGAUAUUCCCGAAUCAAAUUCCACGAUCAAGUUUGCCCUAGAAACAAAUGAUGACCUCAUCUCGCAAGAUGCCACUAUCCAGGAUUUGAAUGGUUAUGGACACACAGAGAAUGGAGAUCAACUCCACAACGGGCUCUACCUGACCAAGGGAGAGUCAUGGAUUAAAAGCCAGGCCACUGGUCGGUGGCAGGAGGCAGGCUGGGCGCGGCUUGCCGUCAGCCAAACGGAAGAAGGUGUCGUCGUGGAUGGAACAUUCACCGUGUUCUUCUCGCAGUAUGAGAUCCAACUGGAAAGCAAUGAUGGAUCGUCAAAGAUGAUAGCCUCAAGACAUACCUCGGACUUUGUGAUGGGAAAUCACACGACGGAGUCGAUGUGUGCGACUGCCCCAGAAGAGUCUAUCACAAAACGUCAGUUUGGACUGGUCAACGCCUGGAGCGAUAAUUUGGAGAGCACCAUCGGCGAUACCGACGGUUGUCCGGAUACCAGGCGGGUUGCUAAUAUUGGUAUCAUGACUGACUGCACAUACACUGCAAGCUUCAACUCGUCGGAAUCUGCCCGCAGGUACAUUCUAAACAUGGUCAAUACCGCUUCGGUUGUGUUUGAAAAUAGUUUCAACGUUUCCCUCAGCAUCCAGAACCUGACAAUCAGCGAUGGCCAGUGCCCGACCACCACCUCGCAGUUGACGGCAUGGAAUACUCCGUGUUCCAAUGGAGACAUGAACUCUCGUCUGCAGGCCUUCUCUACGUGGAGAAGUUCAUUCAGUGAUGAGAACGCCUACUGGACUCUCCUGACUGGAUGCUCAGUGAACGGAGGUGAGGUCGGUGUCUCUUGGAUCGGGGCGUUAUGCAACUCCGGUUCCGGCUCUAGUGGCGCCAGCAACGGGGGAGCAAGCGCCAAUGUGGUCGCGCGGACACAGUCCGAAUGGCAGGUUUUUGCGUAA